ACCGCGAUACGGUUGUUAUAGUUGUGCAAUAUAGUAGUUGAUAAACUAAUCUCGCUACCUUUUUUUUCCGAUUGUUUAACUUACAACGACGCGCGGCGGUGCGACUGAGACACCAGAUAUUUAACGUGCGAUUCUAGAUCCGGACAAUCCGCAUAUAGAAAGCCCCCAUUCACAUCCGAUUUCUGUCAGUCGAACGAGAAUAACACAGCGAAAAUGUUGCGUACUCUGUCACGCGUUAGCGAAUUGCCCAUUAUUGUUAAGCAACUGCAAAAACGUUGCCAUAACAACAACAACAUCAUCAGCGGAUGUCGGAUAUUUAGCAACAACAACAACAGCAACAGCAACAAUAUCAUCAGGAAUGGGAGAUAUUCAUCGUCGUUUUUCGGUUUAUUCCAGAAUGCAGCCCAAGCAGGUGUUUCAAAAACCAACAAUUAUGCCACGGAGGCCACCGUACAAGUGAAUCGGCCCUUCAAGCUGCACCGCCUGGACGAAGGACCCGCCACGGAAGUGAAGCUGACCAAGGAUCAGGCCCUCAAGUACUACACACAGAUGCAGACGAUCCGCCGGCUGGAGACGGCCGCCGGUAAUCUGUACAAGGAGAAGAUCAUCCGUGGCUUCUGCCAUCUGUAUUCCGGCCAGGAGGCCUGCGCCGUUGGCAUGAAGGCGGCGAUGCGGGAUGUGGACAACAUCAUAUCCGCCUACCGUGUCCACGGAUGGACCUACCUGAUGGGCGUCUCGCCCAGCGGCGUACUGGCUGAGCUCACCGGUGUCCAGGGUGGCUGUGCCCGCGGCAAGGGUGGCUCCAUGCACAUGUACGCACCGAACUUCUACGGUGGUAAUGGCAUCGUGGGCGCCCAGGUUCCAUUGGGCGCCGGCGUUGGCUUGGCCUGCAAGUACAAGGGCAAUGGCGGCAUGUGCCUGGCCCUCUACGGUGAUGGUGCCGCCAACCAGGGACAGGUGUUCGAGGCCUACAACAUGGCCUACCUGUGGAAACUGCCUGUGAUCUUUGUCUGCGAGAACAACAACUACGGAAUGGGCACCAGCUCUGAGCGUGCUUCCUGCAACACCGACUACUAUACCCGCGGCGACGCUUUGCCCGGCAUCUGGGUGGACGGCAUGGAUGUGCUGGCGGUGCGCAGCGCCACCGAGUUCGCCAUCAACUAUGUGAACACCCACGGACCUUUGGUGAUGGAGACGAACACGUACCGGUACUCCGGCCACUCCAUGUCCGAUCCGGGCACAUCGUACCGCACACGCGAGGAGAUCCAGGAGGUGCGCCAGAAGCGCGAUCCCAUCACCUCCUUCAAGGAGCUGUGCAUCGAGCUGGGUCUGAUCACCACCGAUGAAGUCAAGGCCAUCGAUCUGAAGGUACGCAAGGAGGUCGACGAGGCCACCGCCUUCGCCAAGUCCGACGCCGAGCUGGGCGUGAGCCACCUCUGGACGGACGUGUACUCCAACAACCUGGAGCCCAAGCUGCGCGGCACCAUCGCCUACGAUAUCGAUCACAUCCAGGAGCGCAAGGGCGUCAAUCACUAAGUCAGCGGACUAAGUCAUCGGGUCAACGAAUCAGAUUCGGGAACUCACAAGACACUAAAAACGAAACAAGAAAACCGAACACCAAACAUAAACACUAAUCACUGACAGACAGACACGAAGACACAACUCAGACACACUUGGACACAAGCGAAAUCUCUAGCUCUUAAGCCGAAUGUUGAAUGAUGAGAAUCCCGUAGAGCGGAACGGACCCGAAGAGACCCACAAAAAGCUUAGCUAAUCGGAGCACUCCAAUCACACAUCGUAGCGCACCACAUUACUCUGGGGAACUGCAUUGGAUAUUAUAUUGCGAACGUGUUCAAUAAGGAUAAAGCGAGGUGUAAAUUGUUGAAAAUAUACAAACCUAGAAAAAUUGA